AUGACCUCCAAUUUUAUUUCUUGCUUUCUUAGCGUGCUCUCCAGAAUUCCUCGCCGUCAAUUCCCUCUUCCACCUCGCCGAGGCAGCGGUGCUACCUGGCCCAGCCUUGCUUCUCCACCUCGCCAGCCUUUCUUUCCCGCGAGCUCCUUUUCCCCUCUGCUGGCUGCCAGGGAGAAGCACAGCGCUUGGCACGGCCCCAGACAGAUGCCAGCCCGACUCCCUUCCCCCCCGCGCCCUCUUGUAGCCAAACCAUCACCUGCCAAGGGCCGGCGGCUACUGCCCCGCCGUGCCCUGGCGCACGCGGCCGAGGCUGGCGCCCUUCCUGGCAACCCCGUCGGAAGUUCGGCGCCCGCAGCGCGACCAGCAUCCCGCCAGUAUCCCCGCCAGCAUCUCACCAGUAUCUCCGCCCGCAUCCCCGCCAGCAUCCCUGCCCGCAUUCCCGCCAGCAUCCCCGCCUGGGCCUGCAGCUCCCCGGGCCCGGUCCGCGCGCAGCCGCGUCCUCCCGCGGGGACCCGGAUCCUGGGGCUUGUCCUCGCCCCCCACAGCGCCCCUCCCCCGCUGCUCGGGACUGAGGUUUCCAACACCAGCACCACCUCGCCCACCUUCCCCGGUGUGAACGCGAUCACAGAGGGGAACCUCUUUGGAAAUGUGUCCAUUUCCUUCCCGCGCCCCGGGACGACUGAGCGCCCCGAGCCCCCAGGAGGGGAGGAACAAAGCCCAGCUCCGCGGAGACACCCCCCCCCCCACCAGCACCCCACCCCGUCCGUGCAGAUGCUCACAGACCUACACCAUGAAAUGGGGGCUGGGGUGACGGGAGGGCGAAUGCGGGGUGGCCCACUCGUCUAG